UCAGCGCUGUGGUACAGAUCAGGUACGAUGAUUCGUCGGACCCUCUGGCACUCUGCCUGCCUCAGGAUUCCAAAUCGGAUGCUGAGGAGGAUCUUGGAGAUUACGCGGAGCACUUUGUAGAGUCUGGACUGCCCCAGGCUCAACACUCGGCCAAGAUGAUGAGCAGAAAGUCGCCGGACAGUCAGCAGUCCAUCCACCACUUGUCGCAAACAAAUCAGAGGGAUGGGUCUCCGGGCUCUUCCUCCAGUCCUAAGAAGCGCAAGAUCGUUGAGGAUGUAUCCUCCCAGUCGACGAUUUCCUCGCCAGCGAAGAAGAAGCCAGCGCCCGCUGAGAAGGUCGGGCUUGAGCAUCGAGCUCUGAUCAUCAAGGCGAUGGUCGACCCAAAGUUUCUCAAAAAUGUCAAGAUGCCUACAGUCGAUGGAGCAGCAGGUAGCAAGCUCUUACGACACUGGCGCGAAGUAUUGAGUAAAGAGCUUGCCAAGGUCUUUUCAGGACAGGAAGUCAAGUCUGGAGCUGGAGCCGCCAAGGGAUCAGUGAGCAAGGCUCAACGAUUCGAGAUCUGGAGGAUUGUCUGUGAAGCUUCGGACAAGGUGGAUUGGGCGUCGGUGGAGGAGGAAUCGGGGAUCAAUGCCACCAAACUCAAGAGGCAUUUCAAGGAGGUGAUGAAGAAGGAUGGGGAUAAGUACAUUGGCAAGUAGAUGGGGGAGACACCGGGCUGGCUGGCUGGUCGCCGAUGCGCUGAUCAGGCUAGUCAUCAAUGAGCAGAAGAUGUUGAGGACGCCGGUUGUGUUCUGAGCGGCACAAGAGAAGUUUGACCUGGAAAAAAACGCGUCGAUCCGGAAGGCGGAGUAAGGAGGGAGGUGACUGACUAUCCGUGUGCCCGUGUUCCUAGAUUCCGAUGCUUCUACCCCCCAUCGGCCUAUACCCACUGUGGUCGAUCGACUUCCCUGUGCCCCUCAACCUCGCCCUUUCUCCUGUACCUAUGCCCACCCAUGGGUGACAAGUAUGUAUACAUGUACCUAAACCCCCUCCC